GCUAUGGUGUUAGUUGAUAACGUUAAACUUGCAUAGUUUAAAUCAGUGGUAGGGGCAAAAUGAUCGUCUAUAUAGAUGGGACUUCCGGCUAUAGAGAAAAGUUGCAUUCUAUGAAGGUUUCUUACAUAUACUAAUUGCUAUAUUGUUCUAUGGAGAUUUAAAUUGUGCUAUAAUUUCUGUAAUUCUAUAGACCUUAAAAACAUGCAAAAGUAUUCACUGUUCUUAUGAAUAGUUCCAUGUGGUGCUAUUACAAUGACACCCUUACAUUUAAUGAUUUGCCCUUCCUUAGCUAUGUGCAUUUGCUUGCCAUUUAUAGCGGAUGAGACAGCUGGUCUUCAUAUCCUUCUUUGGUUGCCAGCUAUGGUGUCCUUGUUUCUUGUAGGAAUUGCUUUCCGAGGUUUGUUUGGUUGUCCGCUGUGGUGUUAGCUUUGGAUCUUCUCUUUUGCUGGUUUGGGUUUUCGCGUUGUUGUUCUGAAUGAUGAGGUUUGGAAGGGAAAUGUUUGGUUUGGCGUGCUGUUCAAGAGUGUCUGGAUUGUUGAUAGAAUUGUUUGUGCUUCUGUUGCUGGACCUUGGUUUGUUCUGGUGUGUCUGGAAGACUUUUCAAGGUUAUGGCUAGACGAUCGAACAGAGUCUGUGUUCCUUUUCAACCUAUUUUGGAAAAGGUUGUUGCUUGGUUGCAAUUUUCUUCUCCGGUAUAUGGAUUUAUAGAUGCUGCAAAGAAUAAUGUCUUUGUGCGGGUGUAUGGGCCAAACUCCCGUACAAAGUUUAUCUUUUAUGGUGGAGAUGCUGCUACGGUUGAAGAAUCUCGUGAGAGAGCAGCUCACAAGGCUGUGAAAAGAUUAGUCUGCCGGUUUAAUGUUCGAGUGUCUGACUUCACGUAUGAGCGUAUGAAGAUGUAUCGCUUGUGUGUGAAAUUGUAUAAGAAUUUAUGUGCUGAAUUAGUACACAACAGAGAAGACUUGAGUCGCAUUCGUGCAGAAUGCAGCACACGGGAGGAUGUACCGUUUCAUGAUGUUCAUGUUGGACUUGAUUUUGUGCAGUUUCUGGGAGUAUUAGUUAGGAAGACUGGUGUAACUGCCAGUGGUAUUGAGACCACCAAGCUAGAAGGACAUGGUUACAUGUCCUGGUUAAUGGUCACUUGUUCACAUAACAGUAUUGGAAUGGAGUGCAUCUUCAGUGAUCCUUGUCCUGAAAGGGAUCUUGCUGAACAGCGAGUUGCUAAGAAGGCAUGUUUUUUUAUAUCUUCUGUGCCCAAUUUAGAUAUUGUUGAUGUCAAUUAUGGUGCUGCUGCCAAGCUGAGCGCAGAAUGUUCCUUGAUUAGGGAAAGGUAUCUGGUUUUGAAAAGCCAUGUUCAGUGUUUGCAAGGGAGUUCUACCCAACCUGAGGCUGUUACCUGUUUGGUUAGUGAUGGAUGUGAGACACCGACUGAUGAAGCAAACCAGAUUCCGGUCCUUGCUAUUCCGCCAAGUCUUCCAGCUAAGCGCACCAUUGAUAGAAAAGAGUUGCCUACGAGUGCUGUGGGGGUCCAUGUUUCUGAUCAGCUUGUUUCUGGCUUGAUUGAAUUUGCUAAUGGUCACAAAUGUGCUAGGGUUGAAUAGGCAAGUGUAGCAAACUUAGCUGCCUUUAGGGUCUAGAGGCUUUAUGGUAUGUAAGUAGAUGUUAGGGCUGUCUCAGUGAUGUAGUUGCUUUGUAGCUUGAUUUGUCCUACUAUUGAUGUCUGUUUUAGGAUGCAAGACAUAGCCAGUAUUAUGUACCUUUUGGUUUUUGCUGAUGUACUGAAUCGAACUACUUUGGUGUACUGCCUGAUAUGGCUUUUUCAUAAUAAAAGUUGGUGU